AUGAAGAGCCCAGAAGAUACUAGGUUAUAUCUGAUAGCCGAUAGAUAUGUUUAUCAGGUUUCUCAGUUGCUGGCAAAAGAAAAUUCAUUUAUAUCAAAAGUUGAAAUAUUUAAGGAAAAUGUGAAUAAUACAUAUAAGCUUUACAUUGAAAAUUAUGUUAAUUCUGAAGAAAAUGACUAUAUGCAUAAAAUAAGUAAAAUAUAUGUCGAGUUUUUUUAUAGAAGCAAGAACAAAGUUGAUAUUCUGGAUUAUGCAGGAAAUACGCAUACAGAACUUGAUGUCAUCAUGAAAGCUUUCAGAUAUAUUAUUGAAGAACUGAACCCUGAUUUUAAAAUACAUCAAAAAUAUUUAAGGGAGGAAUCCUUUUGCCUACUAAGUAAAAGUAAUGACUACAACAAAGGCAGAAAAUAUGACUUACAUUUUUUAUCAAUGUCUGAAGUAGAUAUAGGAAGUGGAAAUUUGCAUUGA